AUGACCGAAAAAUACUCCCUGCUACAACGGACUGGCCCCGAAAUAUUCAAAUGUGCUGUUGUAUUACUUGGCGAAACGGUCAUUCAGACUGAGGUUGCAAUAAAAUAUCCGAAAAUGCCUGGAGGCGUUUAUCGAGCAACAGCUCAGCCAGAUGUGCAGUGGAAGCUGCAGCAGUUGCAAGAUGCCAACAAUUAUUGGGCUCAGGCACUUAAUACUGUUAUCAGGAUAACCAAUCUUAUUGGUGAAGCACGUACGACAUUAUGCGUUCCGCGAAAGCGUACGCUGUUGGAACUGUGCAAUUUACCAGUAACACGUUGUUUCAGUCCAUCGCUGCCACCGGAUUUGGUUUUCUCGUAUUAUAUUAGUACCAAUCGUCUUGUCUGUGCUGCCUAUCAAGUUACACCAAAACCAAACGGAUAUUGUGAUUUCACAGAACAUAAUUUUCGUUAG